UUGUAGUGCGGAAGCAGUCCUAAUUAGGCUAUAAAAACAUAACAGUGCUGUUGCUUUGUAGCCUCGAGGUUUUUUUUUAUAUUAGGAACGCACUGUGUACCACUACAACACAGCUGCUUCAGUGUGCUUUUAUUUUCAUAUAAGGCGUAUUGUUAAAUUCAAUCGGAGAGUCUCUGACCAAAAGCCUAUAAUGGCGAAUUUUUUGCCUUUUCACACGCAGGUCACCUCGAUUAUGGGGGUCUUUGUGGAUGCGGCCGUGGCACAGAUUUGUGAACUUGUUGACGAAGGAUAUGCAGUUUUACGCUUGGAAAUAUCCAGAAGUCAAAAGGAAAACGAAGAGCUAAAGGAGAAAUUGGUGAGAAUGGAGAUGGGCAAUAUGCUAGGACUUGGAAACGUCGCGCCUGCGGUGCACGAGCGCACCCCAUUCUAUGCGAUAUCAGAGGAGGAUCGAUGUUCUAACAGGAUAUCUGCCUUGGAGCCAGAGUUUGAUGGGUUGUGUGUCAGUGGAGAACAACCAAGCCUAGAUGGGGAUCACCUACUGACUAACACCGAGAAGUCUGUGGAGAAAUUCCCCAUCCUAAUCAAAGAAGAAGUACACGAGGAUGACUUUGAUAUGUCCUGGACGCAAAAAGAACUAGAAAUCGAUAGAGAGAGCAGCUGUGCUGAUGAAGAAGAGAAUAUUGACAAAAUGGGGCUGAAUCGGACAAACCAUGUUUCUAAAGAGUGCACUCUGGUUAUCAAAGCAGACCCGGAGGAACAAACACUUGAACAAAUGGAGAACAUGUCUGUGGAACAGAAAAAUACAGGAUUUGCUUCACAAAUGAAUAACAGUCUGUUUCCAAGUACUGAAACAGAUUCUGAAGACCCAGCUUGUUCUAAUGCUGCUGAUAUCAUCCCUUCAUACUUCUCAGGCAGCCCUGGGACACAGAUGUCAUUAGAUGAGACAAGUACUAAUAGGGGACAGUUGUCAAAUGUCAAAUUUCACAUGGUUAAACCGAAAGUUGUAAUGCUGGAUUCUGAAGCCCACAAUGACCAAUAUAAAUCUAAUAGAAAUACACUACAGUUUCAAAUGCAGAAAGGUACAUCUGGUCCUGGUGGCUGUGGUAACUUAAGCGAGAGGCAUUUCUUGAGUCGUCGAAAGAGCCAAAGAGACCUCAGAGCUAGGUUUAAACUGCCUACUGCCCAACGAAUCAUACCAAACACAGAACAUGAAAUACAUGAAGGGGGCAGUCAAGAGAAGCAGUUCAUAUGUGGGUUUUGCGGGAAGAGUUUCACUGGUCAAAGAUAUCUCCAGGCUCACCAACGAGUUCACACAGGAGAGAAACCAUAUAGCUGUUCUCAUUGUGGUAAAAGAUUUGGCCAAGCAAGUUAUCUUAGGAAACAUCAGACAAUUCACACAGGGGUAAAACCAUAUGGUUGUCCACUAUGUGGAAAGCGGUUUGCAGAUUCCAGUAACCUCAUCAGACACAAAGGCGUUCAUACCGGAGAACGACCAUUCAUCUGCAUCCACUGUGGCUUACGAUUUGCUGUAAAACACAACCUUAGAAUUCACUUGCAGAAGAACCAUCCUCAUUCUUCUGGAACUCGAAUUGGAGAUAUACAUCCACACACGGUCUCUUUUUUUACAGAUACUCUUUCUAAAGGCAACAGAUCGACACACACGAUGUCAAAUUCAGUUACAUUUCAAACGCAGCUAGCCUCCAUUAUGGAGGUACUGGCAAAUGCGGCCGUGGCUGAAAUAUGCGAACUCGUUGACAAUGGCUAUGCCGUACUGCAUUUAGAAAUAACCCGAAGUCAGAAGGAGAACGAGGUAUUAAAAAGAAAAAUGCGUCUGAUGGAGCUUAAAGUUGCCCGUGCGUCUGCACUAAGAACAGCGGGAAUAGGAAGCUCAAUUUUUGCAAGCAGUCGAGCUCGAGCAAAUCUUGUGAAUGAUUCGAAAAGGACUCCGAGCUUAGAGGCACAAUUUCGGAGAAACGCUGAUUCCCAUUUUGCCUCCCUUGGCACAAGUUGUAUGGAUGAUGACCCUUCUGAUGACGGACAGACCGCCAAACAUAAAAAGGGGGUCUCAAUCACCCAAUCUGCAGCACUAACUGGGGUGAAGCCCAAACCACUAGUCAUAAAAGUGGAGAGGACUGAUGAUAUCUGGGAGAACUCUGACCAACCGGAAAGAGAGAGUCAUGGCACUGUUGGAGGACCAAUUGAUUCCAUAGUACACUCAGAAGCUGCUCAGCCAAUCAGCAAACAGGAGGUAAUGGGGCAAGGUAGUGCAAGCUCUUGCGUUUGGUCGAGUGGUGACACCAACAAAACGCUACUUUCUGAACCUAAAAACCUAAAUGCCAACAAAAGGUCUCAAAGCGCAGACUUGGAAACCGGUGAUGGUCUACCGAUAACAGAUCCAGUUCCUUUUGACUGUAUGUUAUAUGAGCCCCACAGUCAACAUGGGUCCCAUAGUACACAUACGUUGACUGAGGAUCCAGGGUGCUCGUAUUCUUUAAAAAUGAGUGUAAAUUCUGGUACGGCUCACUCUGAUUCAAGCAACGAUUUCCAUUUUGCUGUCGAUGAGGUAAGUCGCUCUAUAGCUGAGCACCAACAGCCUGCAAGUUACAGAGACAACAGACAGAGGGAGCCCUUGUCUGCAGAAGAAACCCAGAUGACCGUCAGAGAUGACAUGGACACUGGACCCAGUGCCUUCAUGGUCGACGAUGACUGGGUUUCCCAUAACAGUUCUAGCAGUGUCCCUAACUACAACAGUGACGGCUUGGAAAAGCUGUUCAUUUGUAGUUUCUGCGGAAAGACUCUGGCUUGUCUCAAAAACCUGAAAACUCACAUGCGGGUUCACACUGGAGAGAAGCCGUUCAGCUGCACGCAGUGUGGGAAACGCUUCUCGGACUCCAGCAACCUCAAGCGUCACCAGAGCGUUCAUACAGGAGAGAGACGCUAUGGUUGUAUGCACUGUGGGAAACGUUUUGCACAGUCGGGUUCCCUCAAAGUACAUAUGAGCGUACAUACAGGCUGUAAGCAGUUCAAGUGCCCGCACUGUGGCAAGACUUUCAUUUCGGCCAAUCAUCUCAGAAGACAUGUCACCGUCCAUGAAGGGGAAAAACAUUUGCCAACCACUUUUCAGUGACAUUUCAGAACCUUGUCACCAUUGAAGCUCGUUAGGUCAACAAUGCCCAAAGCACAUCAACUUCUAACCACUUGUUUGCAAGUGUGAGGUCAAUCCAGAUGAAAAUCAUAACCAUGUCAACCCAGCACCAACACAGACUCAAUCUGCCUUAAAAUCAAUACCAAUUUGGUUUGUUGGUUCUUGGCAACCUCCAAUGUUCCCCAAGGUUUUCAUUUUACAUGAUAAAGUUGGUGUGCAUUGGGUUUGAGGUUUACUAAGUGAAAAUAGUACUGUAGCAUGGUUUAAUUUGGCAGUUCACUUAACUCUGAAGGUUAUUUGUGGUGUGUUCGUGUCAAAAUAUUCAACAAAUUUGAGGUGUUAGUUUGUAAAAUAAAGUUCAUUGUCUCAA